CCAUGGGAGUAUUCAUUGCAGUUUGUUUGUUUUUCGCUGUGACUUCGGCCGACUAUGUUGUCAAAACACGCGAAAACCUCCUACAAUUUCGCAAUGAAUGCAUUGCCGAAUUAGAGAUUCCCGAAAAUCUUGUCGAACAAUACAAACAAUGGCAAUAUCCAAAUGAUUCGGUGACCCAAUGCUAUUUGAAAUGUGUAUUCGUUAAAUUCGGUUUAUUCGAUACCACCCAAGGCUUCAAUGUUGAAAAUAUUCAUCAACAGUUGGUGGGAUCCCAUGCUGAGGCCAAUCAUGAUGAUGCUGUCCAUGCUAAAAUCGCAUCCUGCAUUGAUAACAACGAACAGGGUAGCAAUGCCUGCGAAUGGGCAUAUCGUGGUGCCACAUGUUUCAUCAAAAAUCAUUUGCAUUUGGUUCAACGUAGUGUUGCUACGACGGUGGCUUAA